CGGCGGCACCGCCACAGCACGCCCGCUCUCCGCAGCGCUUCUUCUUCCUCCGCAGACCGUCUCCAUCCCUCAGACAUGGACCCGGAGGUGCCGCCGAGCCCGGCGCUGUCGCUCUCCAUCCUCCUCCCCGCCGGGGCGCUGCUCUAGCCGCGCGCGCUGUGUCGGAAAAAGGUGGAUUGAUAUUAUUUGGUUGUCCGCUGUGCAAGGAGAGAGAUAAAGGAAAGAGAGAAAGAGAGUGUGUGUGUGUGUGUGUGUGAGAGAGAGAGAGAGAAGGGGAGCGGGACAGUGUAAAGAGCAGCAGAGGAGACCAGACCACACAGUCGUGACAGUGAAAGGCCGUCUCGGGAUAUCGGGAGAGGGGCUUUCUGUCCUCCAUCAUGGCGAGUGACUCUCCAGCUCGAGGUCUGGAUGAAAUCGACCUCUCCACUUUGAAGGAUCCCGCUGGCAUAUUUGAGCUGGUUGAGUUGGUGGGAAAUGGCACCUACGGGCAAGUGUACAAGGGUCGCCAUGUUAAGACGGGGCAGCUGGCAGCUAUCAAGGUCAUGGAUGUCACCGGGGACGAGGAAGAGGAGAUCAAAGCGGAAAUCAACAUGCUGAAGAAGUACAGCCACCAUCGCAACAUCGCCACCUAUUAUGGAGCAUUCAUCAAGAAGAACCUCCCCGGGAUAGACGACCAGCUAUGGCUGGUCAUGGAGUUCUGUGGAGCUGGCUCGGUGACAGACUUAAUCAAGAAUACCAAGGGCAACUCUCUGAAAGAGGAGUGGACUGCUUACAUCUGCAGAGAGAUUCUCAGGGGUCUGACUCAUCUCCAUCAGCACAAGGUCAUCCACCGAGACAUCAAGGGACAGAACGUCCUGCUGACUGAGAACGCAGAGGUCAAACUAGUGGACUUUGGCGUCUCGGCCCAGUUGGACAGAACAGUAGGAAGGAGGAACACAUUCAUUGGGACACCUUAUUGGAUGGCACCAGAGGUUAUCGCCUGUGAUGAGAACCCUGAAGCCACAUACGACUUCAAGAGCGAUUUAUGGUCCCUGGGAAUCACAGCCAUAGAGAUGGCCGAAGGAGCGCCUCCGCUGUGUGACAUGCACCCGAUGAGAGCCCUCUUCCUCAUUCCCCGCAGCCCCGCGCCCAGGCUAAAGUCAAAGAAAUGGUCGAAGAAGUUCCUAUCGUUCAUCGAGAGCUGCCUGGUGAAAAGCCACAGCCAGCGACCCACCACAGAGCAGCUCCUCAAACACCCCUUCAUCAGAGACCUGCCCAACGAGAGGCAGAUCCGCAUCCAGCUGAAGGACCACAUCGAUCGCACCAAGAAGAAGAGAGGAGAGAGAGAGGAGACAGAGUAUGAGUACAGUGGCAGUGAAGAGGAGGAUGAAGACAGAGACAUGGGUGAACCGAGCUCCAUCAUCAACAUCCCCGGUGAGUCAACCCUGAGGCGAGACUUCCUGCGCCUCCAGCUGGCCAAUAAGGAGCGUUCGGAGGCACAGCGGCGGCAGCAGCUGGAGCAACUGCAGAACGAGCAGCACAAGCGCGUACUGCUGGCCGAGAGGCAGAAACGCAUCGAGGAGCAGAAGGAACAAAGGAGAAGGUUGGAAGAGCAGCAGGAACGAGAGCGUGGGCUGAGGAAGCAGCAUGAGAGGGAACAGAGGAGGCGCUAUGAGGAAAUGGAGCAGCUCCGCAGAGAGGAGGAGAGGAGGCAUGCCGAGAGAGAGCAGGAGUAUAUCCGUAGACAGCUGGAAGAGGAACAGAGGCAGUUAGAGAUCCUCCAGCAGCAGCUACUGCAGGAACAGGCAUUACUGCUGGAGUACAAGCGUAAGCAAGUUGAGGAGCAGCGGCAGGCGGAGAGGCUGCAGAGGCAGCUCCAGCAGGAGAGAGCCUACCUGGUGUCUCUACAACAGCAGCAGAAGCAGCAGCAGCAGCAACAGCAGCAGCAGCAGCAGCAGGAGGAGGGAAGACAGGUGGAGAAGAAACAGCUUUACCACUACAAGGAUGUCAUUAAUCCUAAUGACAAGCCUGCCUGGGCUAAAGAGGUGGAGGAGCGAUCUAAGCUGAACAGACAGAGCUCCCCGGCGCCGCAGCACAAAGUGUCCAACCGCAUCUCCGACCCCUCCCUCCCUCCCCGCUCCGAGUCCUUCAGCAGCGGCGGCAUGCAGCCUGCCCGCACCCCACCCAUCCACCGCCCCAUCGAACCACAGAUGGCUCACCUGGUCCCAGUAAAGACCCACUCCAGCUCCAUGUCGGGCUCUCAGUCUCUGCAAGACCAGACAGGCUCAGCUUUGAGCGAAGGCGUUAGCGUGGGAUCCCCCAGGCCCGAGAUGCCUCGGCAGAACUCUGACCCCACCUCCGACACGCCGGGACUCCCUCCUCGGAUCGCCGGCAGGGAGGAACGGGAGAGGGACAGGGAAAGGGACAGGGACAGAACCGCUUGGCUGAGGGAGGAGGACAUCCCACCCAAGGUUGAGGAUCACAAUCAGAAAAGAAGAUUAACAACUUCUCAUGUACCCCAGAGGACCACAUCCAUCUCCCCAGCCCUAGUGAGGAAGAACUCCCCUAACGGAGGAGUGGGUCUGGGCCCUCGCACAGGUUCUCAGCUCAUACGAGCCAGCAAUCCAGACCUGCGCCGCUCCGAGCUUUCUCUGGACGCCAUGCUGCAAAGAACCUCCUCCAAUUCAUCAUCUUCCUCCUCCCCUUCAUCUCAGGGAGGCUCAGCAGAGAGGAGAGGUCUAGCCAAGCAGGAAGGAUCUCCUCCAGGAGCCAAUCAGGAGGCAAAGUCCAAACAGGAGGAAGGUCGUGAAUCCACCAGACCCAGCAGACCGGCCAGCUAUAAGAAAGCCAUAGAUGAGGACUUAAGCGCUCUGGCGAAGGAACUCAGAGAACUAAGGGUAGAAGAAGGAAGCAGACCUCCGGUGAAGGUUACAGACUAUUCAUCCUCCAGUGAGGAGUCGGAGAGCAGCGACGAGGACGGCGAGACAGUGGGGCAUGAUGGGACAGUUGCUGUUAGCGACAUCCCCCGCAUCAUGCCAGCAGUGCAGACCAGUGGUGAGUCGUACGGCGGGCUGACGGAGGACUCCCUGGGAGAUGCCCACAACAGCUCCAAGGACGGGACUCUGGUGAUGAGAGAGGCAGAGGAGAGGAGGAGAGCUGGUCACACAGAGAGUAAUGGAUUUGGAAAUCACAGCAACCACGGUAACCUGCCCGACCUGGUGCAGCAGAGCAACUCUCCCUCUGCCACGCCCACCACGGCCCUGCAGGAGCUGAGCGAUGCGGCCGAGUUUUGUUUGAGUGGGUCCAAAGCGUCAUUCACACCGUUUGUUGAUCCACGGGUGUAUCAGACCUCCCCGAGUGAUGACAAUGAAAACUCAGCAGCAGCCAUGUUUGCCAAUGAGCUUCUGCGGCAGGAACAAGCCCGGCUGAACGAAGCCAGGAAGAUCUCUGUGGUGAAUGUCAACCCCACCAACAUCAGACCUCACAGCGACACGCCAGAGAUUCGCAAAUACAAGAAGCGCUUCAACUCUGAGAUCCUCUGUGCCGCUCUUUGGGGUGUGAAUCUUCUGGUGGGGACGGAGAAUGGUCUGAUGCUGCUUGACCGAAGCGGACAGGGAAAAGUCUAUAACUUGAUUACCAGGCGGCGUUUCUUGCAAAUGGAUGUACUGGAGGGCCUCAACGUGCUCGUCACUAUCUCCGGAAAGAAGAAUAAGUUACGUGUCUACUAUUUAUCUUGGCUGAGGAACAGAAUAUUACACAACGACCCGGAGGUAGAGAAGAAGCAAGGCUGGAUUACGGUUGGAGAACUGGAGGGCUGUGUGCAUUAUAAAGUUGUGAAAUAUGAAAGGAUCAAGUUCCUGGUCAUUGCUCUUAAGAACUCAGUGGAAAUCUAUGCCUGGGCUCCCAAACCCUACCACAAGUUCAUGGCUUUUAAGUCGUUUACUGAGCUGCAGCACCGCCCUCAACUGGUCGACCUGACAGUGGAGGAAGGUCAGAGGUUAAAAGUCAUCUAUGGCUCUAGCGUAGGCUUCCAUGUCAUUGACGUGGACUCGGGGAAUCCCUACGACAUCUACAUCCCCUCACAUUGUGCCAAACAGAUGAAGAUCCAGAGCCAGGUGACACCCCACGCCAUCGUGGUGCUGCCCAAAACGGAUGGGAUGGAGAUGCUGCUGUGCUACGAGGACGAGGGCGUCUACGUCAACACCUACGGACGGAUCACCAAGGACGUGGUGCUACAGUGGGGAGAAAUGCCCACCUCUGUUGCCUAUAUCCACUCUAAUCAGAUUAUGGGCUGGGGGGAGAAAGCCAUAGAGAUCCGCUCUGUGGAGACAGGUCAUCUGGACGGCGUCUUCAUGCACAAGAGAGCCCAGAGGCUCAAAUUCCUGUGCGAGCGGAACGACAAGGUAUUCUUUGCAUCCGUGCGUUCGGGAGGUAGCAGCCAAGUUUUCUUCAUGACACUCAACAGAAACUCUAUGAUGAACUGGUGAUGUCGCCCGUCGUACACUCUGCCUCAUCCUCCCAUCGGCCAGUCUGGUAACCAACAUCGGCCCACCGCACAUCUCACAAACGAGCCUGAUCAACCGUGAGGCCAUAAAUGAACUCUUUUAACACAGGAGAGACUAAUACAGUGUAGAGAAGAAGAAAAAAAAGAUGUUAUUUUAGAGAAGAAAAAAAAAAUAAUAAAGACCAGAUCUGAAUAAAGAGAGUUAUACUAGAUGAAGUCUGGUCAUGCAGAAGCCAUCGUUACUUAACUGACUGGCAAACUGGUGCCACUAACUUUCCAAAUAUUCUCUUCUUCUGUCUAUUUCCCUCCAUAAAUCUUGUCCCUCUCUAACUCCACUUUGUCUCGGUGUUCCACAUGGACCAGUGCAUUCAAGUGUGUAACAGUUAUACUUUACGUUUCUUCCGUUCAUGUUCUUGCACUCCUUCCCGGUAGAUGUAUGAUAUUUUUUCAAUUCUUUGACAGCCAUGUCCUUCAUAUUCCUCUCUCCUUAUCCUCCAAGUGUGGGCUUAUUCCCAGGCAACUACAGCUCAGAGGCUGAGGAAGCGAUACAUGAAUACGGUUUCAUCAGGUUUUUAUGAUUCAGUUCCAUACAGCAGUGCAGGGAAAGUAGUUGAAAGAUGACAAAUCCAGCCCGGGUGCCGGCAAUUUAUUCAGACAGCCUGAUUGAUUUUCAUUCUCCUUUGUCACUCCUGUCUUCCUCCACUUCCUCCCUUUUUGCCAUCUUUUCAGGUUUGAGUAAACCGAGUCGUGAUUUAGCGUUCGAUCGCGUUCCUCUGAUAGAGAUGCAGAAAGACGCUGGGCUGUCGGGUGGGUUUCAACAGUAUGCAAAUAUGAUGUCUGUGUCCCUUUAAAGUGAAAUCACUGGCCCGUCCUGUCUUUUUACUCCUCUUUUCCUCUAUCUCUCUUCCUGCCAACCCCGCCCCGCACAUCACGUUGACGAUCUCCCUCUCCUCACUCUUUACUUCUUUAAACUCUGAAGGUGCUGCAUCAGAUAUACUGUAAUCCUCAAAUCAACAAUGCGCGCGUCAUUCUGUUCUUUUCUGUUCCUCCAUUUUUUUUCUGUGGAACAGUUUGGAGUCAGUCAGUCUUCGAAGUUUGAUGAAAUGUACAGCACAUCUGUGUCUCUGAAAUCAGGAGUGUGCGUGUGUGUGCGUGCGUGUGUGUCUGUUGACUUGAUGCUGAAAAUAAGACGAAAUCAAAUCAAGUCUGAAUCGAAGCAGGACGUUGAAAUCACAGUCCAGCAAAUGUCAAGUCGUUUAGUCUCUGUGGGUGGACUUUUACCUUUGAUGCGAUCAAAGCAACAUUGAGUGUGUUUACAUGCAAUAUAUUAUGUUCUUGUAGUGCGGUUUAUCAGUCGGUUGUCUAAACAUCAUGCAUCUCACAAUAGCAAUAUGAGUGUUUUAUUUCUCGGAUUCUGUUUUUCUUUCCUUUAUCACAGUAAUUACAGACACGGCUGUGUGGCUGUAGGACAUACAUGAAAAGCUUAUCCUGAAUACAACCUCAGGAGGACAUGAGCUACUAUCCCAAAAGAAAAGGAAAAAAAAAAAAAACAAAGUGUGUGCAUGUGGAAGCACUCAUUGUUGAAAGCUGUGGUGUGUAUCUGGAAUCAUCCCCGGUUUGUUGUUCUGAUUUUGGCUCCGAACUGUUUGUACAGUGCCUAGCAUGAUGUAAGCAAAACUCAAACGGAGGCCAAAAGAUCAUUGCUCACAUUGUACGCUUUUUUUUUUUUUUUUUAUUGGAUUAUUACAUUACAGCUUUUUGGUUUUGUUUAGUUUUUUAGAGCUGGGGUCUUUGUGUGUGUGUGUGUGUUAUCCAAUUUUAACACAUUGCUGAUGCUAUCUGUCUCCUCUAAUGGGGAUGCACAUUAACAAAUUUGAGACUUGAUUUAUUCUUUGAAAGGAGCAACUGAUGUAUGGUUUAUUAAAAUGUUGAAAUGCCCUUUGAAAUCCUUCGAUCGACCCAUUAUGACUUUACGACACUACUGACGGUGGGCCCGCUCGUGCCGACUGAAAAGCAGUGAAAUUAGUGUUCUGUCAGAGGGAUCUAUCACCGUAGCCCGAGGAUCGACUGACAAAACAACACACAUGGGAGUGAAGUUACUUUAAAACGGGACAGAGGCCAGGCAGCAGAUUUUUCAAGCCAUCGGUUUUCAUUUAAGCCACCUUCAAACUCCAGCCUGCGGACACGCCGGAGGCAGCUCACCGAGAAGACAAUCACCAACGGACCAUAAACAACACCGAGGCACUUGAUCAAAGUAAAGACUGCAAAACUUUUCCAAUCAGUAAUAUAAACUUUCAGUUUGGCUCCAAAAAAAAAAUUGGACUUGUGUGCAUCAAUGUGGAAUGAAUUCAGUAGCUGUUGGUGAAUCUGAGUGUGCCUCUUCCUGUCUCUUGUUUUGGGUAACUUUUCCCUCCUUUUUGGCCCAUGCUCAACACAUCCAAAGCAAAAACAGGCGAAUCCCCCCGUCAUGUAAUAAUCCUCUUGACUCUAUUUUAUUCUGUUAAAUUAUUAAAUGUGUUUCCCUUGUAUUUUCAAGGACUUUUUUUUCCGUGUUCAUGCAGUAGCCGUUCCUGUGCAGCUGUAAAGUUAGGUUCGCUGAUCUCUCUGCGGAGGAGCCGGCUAACAUUCUAGCAAUAAAGAGCAGAGCUAUAGAAACCACUGUCUUCCCUGUGUGCACGCAUGCGACGGCGCGAGUGAUCAAGCGUGAAUGGGGCAUUAUUGUGUUUUGUCCAUUUUUAAAAUUCACUCUUCCCAUUGAGAAAAAAAAAAUGCUGACAGUCGUGACACUGAGGUCUCUCCUUUCAAAGAUGAAACCACUGUAUUCUUUAUUCUGUUUAAUUCUUGUUUUCUUUUAUUUGAAAGAGCAUUACUAAUGUCCUGUUUUGGGAUUUAUUUGUUUUGUAAAAGAAAUGAUGUAAGAGAGAAAUAAAUGAAACUAGCAUUACA